AUGAAUUAAUUAUAAUUUUCAUAAGCAUAGUCACCAAGAGAAAGUAAUUAUGAUUAUGAAGAAUAACCUCAAGCAUAAUCUAUAUAACUAUAUUAAAGUAGAGCGGCGAUUUCAAUUAUUACUAAUGUAAUUUAACUCAUAUAAGAAACUUAGAUAUAAAUUUUAGUUGCUAUAUUUUAAAUAUUGUUAAUACUUUUUAAUUCGUAUAUUGCAUUUGAUUUGAGCUAUAAGAUAUCCCUUCUAUAUGUAACAAUUUUACAUUUUCUGUAAAUCAUAAGGAUAGGUGUUUAUAAUAAUAAGUAAAUUUUAAGAAGUUAUAAUUGUCUAGAAAAAUAUAAAAUAAUCAAUACUGUUGUAUAUAGAUAUUUUGGGGAAUUCUCUCGAUCUCCUAUUAUGUAUUAAAUUCAUUAAUCUAAUAAGGGUUGUCUCAUAUAUUUCUUAGAAAAUAUAGACUUUCCAAUUUAGUAUCCUAUAUUAAUGCACUUAAUUUUCACACUUACAUGGUUUGUAUUGACACUACAUAAUUAUUUGAAAAAUAAAAAUGAUAAGAGCUUUAUUUUAGUUGUAAAUUUCAAAUAUUAAAUUAGUUGACAAUUUUAUUGAGAUUUUUUUUUGUGCUUUAAUUAAUGAUAAUAAAUUUGAAGUAGAUCAAAUGGAUAGAUUGGGAAUGGAUUUAUAUAUUUACUAUAGUUUGGAUAUUCCUAUCAAUAAUUUGUAUCUUUCAAAUAAUUUUUUUGCUUGAUUUCAUUUGUAAAGCAACAUAAUUGUUGUAAGAAAGAGAUCCAAUCAGUAGAGAAUCAAUUAAUCAGUCGAGUAUACAUAUUGAGAAAGUUUAGUUAUAGGAUCAUUAUGGAUUAAUUUACUUAUUCUAUGCAUUUCUGGAAUUCCUACUUUUAGUAUGGUUUGCUAUACAAUUAAAUUAUCAACAGGAAAAGAUAGUUAUAAUUCUUUGUCAAUCACUUUAUCAGUAAUUUAUUCACUUGUUUUUAUUGUCUACACAUUGUAUUAUAGAAUUUCUUUAAGGUUAACAUUUCAUUUAUAAUUAAAGCCUAUUUGUUUCUCAAAUUUAGUAAUAAAGAGCAAUAGAAAAUAAUGUUGGAGUUAAUACUGAGAAUCAAUAAAGAUAUUAAUUAAAUUCUCCAAGUUCUAAACAUAAAAAUAAUUUAAUAAAAAGUAAAGAAUAGAUAUUAACUAAACUUCCUUAAUAUUUGGUAAUUAUAAAAAUUAACGAUAAGAUUAGAUUAUCAUAAACUUACUUUUUGCCAGCCAUUGAAAAUGACAAUCAAUAGUUAAAGCAAUCUCAAUAAUUAUAAUAAUAACAUAUAAAAAGAAAUAAAACUGAUUAAGACUAACCAAAAUUUAGUAACCGCAAUUCUCUUACUGAAAUUAAUUCUGAUAAAGAUACAUAAUGCUUUAAUUGUUAUUAAAAUGAAAGUUGUGCUGUUUAUAUGCCAUGUGGACAUGGUGGAUUAUGUAUAAAAUGCGCAACAGAAUGGUUCACUGAAAAACAGGAAUGUCUGAUUUGUAGAAAAGUAAUUCUAUUUAUUUUAUUUAUAUUUAGCCUGUUGAAUCUGUUGUUAAAAUUUCAUAGUCUGAAUAAAACAAAGUUUAGGUGGUUGAUGUAUUGGCUUUUUGA